GGACUGCGCAUGCGUAGCCGAUAAAGAAUCACGUUCCCUUUUGAUGUAAAACGUGGGAGAUAACCAAAAUCAAAUUUCUUGUGCUGAAAGAAUGGCUAAGAAUUUGCAGGUCCUAAUCUUAGAGCCUGACAACGAACUCAGAUUUCGAGGUCCUUUUACAGACGUUGUGACAGCAAAUUUAAAAUUAAUCAAUCCCACAUGCCGUGCAGUAUGCUUCAAAGUGAAAACCACUGCACCAAAACGUUACUGUGUACGGCCCAACAGUGGCCUUAUCAAACCUAAAGAACAAAUGACUGUUGCAGUUAUGCUGCAGCCAUUUGAUUAUGAUCCUUCAGAGAAAAAUAAACACAAAUUUAUGGUACAGACAAUGUUCGCUCCUGAUGGUGAAAUAGAAAGCCAAGAAGCAUUGUGGAAAGAUGUUUCCCCUGAGAACUUGAUGGAUUCUAAACUUAAGUGUGUGUUUGAAAUGCCUCCUGUAGAAAACAAUGUGGAGGUGCUGGAAGAGGCAGUUAACCAAACUAGUGUGAAACAUGCACAGCAAGAGCGACAGGCAUCUCCUAAAUUCUACCUCUUCAUUCUAACAACAGCUAAAAGUGUUGCUAUGACAAAAGUUUAAAAUAGCGCCAAGUAG